AUGUGUGGUAUUGUUGGUAAAUGCAAUGUUAGAUUUGAUGGGCGUGCUCUAUUAGAUUACCUGCCACCAAAUCUCCCAAACUUGUCUGUUCUUCCUACAGAUGAAAGAGAUUUACAAGAGGAACUUAACUUUGAAAGAUUUCGUGACUUAGUCGAAAAUGAGCGUCGUAAUGAAGACAGCUGUCUUGAAGAAAUUGAGGCCGAAUGGACAAGUCUAUUGGAAAGACAUAAAGCAAUGAUCAAAAAAUUACAAGAGAAAUCUGAUACAAAUAAUCAAGGUUUUGGAUAUGAUUAUGGUGCAGAGAAGCAGGAUGAAAUCCCUAGUGAUGAAGAAUCACAUCAUCUUGAUGAUAUCCAUUCAUAUAAUGUUAAAAUGGAAAAUCAUUAUUAUAAUUAUGUGGAUGAUUUAACUGAUAAAGAUCGACAUACGUUAAAUAUCAUGGGAAAAAAAUAUCAAAUCCCAGAUUAUACCAGAUUAUUACGUAUCGCAAAACGUGACAGAGAAGAAAAGGCACAAGAAUUUAAAGAAAAUGAAGAAGAAGUUGGAAAUUUUGUGAUUGAAUUUGGAAAUUCUGAAGAAAAUGCAUUGGAAUCGAGUUCUUCUCGACCCCAUUAUUAUCAUAAAGAGGAA